GUCAAGAUUCUUCCGGGCUAAAAUAUGAUUGCGUCCAACAAUUAGGUUAUUUAUUAUGAAGGCACUUGUUCAUCUAAUGUAGUAUUCCAUUGCGAGCGUUGACUUGAUUCGAAACUAAACUGUGAAAAAAAUGCAGCAGCCUUGGCGUAGCGAAAAGUCAUCAAGUCAGAGAUGCUAGUAUUUCGUGAUUGCCGUGCAAGUAAUGCAAAUGAAAUGACUUUUCUUUCGCUCUUGGUUUACGUGGGCUUAAUAUACUCCUACCGGACACGAAUAUUAAAUCUUAAAUCUCACCCAAAAAAUGAAGGCCGAGGGGACUCCAACAGAAACCGAAGCUUCGCCCAGCACACGGUUGCAAACUGUUCGCCUGUAAUUGGGAGGGAGAGGGACCCAUGGGUCGCCGGCACACCAUGGAUGACCGAAGAAAUGAAGAAGCGUCAUCGAUGAUCGAGCCAUCUGCAAUCCAUUUGGCGUGUCUGGAAGCUUCGCCAUCUCCGCCAGAAAGAAAGAAAGCCGGCACCCCAAAGUACCAACCCGGCGAAAAUGACAAGCUUGUUUAGCGAGUCGCCGUCACCGUCUCCCCACUUUCGGAGCCCGUUUCUAUCCACCAUUUCUUGACCAGCUAUAAGCUACCGGCUGCGCUACUCCGAGUCUGUCUACGUAUGACAGCUUUGUUUCUGCACUAAUUAAACCACAUUAUUAAGUUAUAAGCCGCCUAUAAAUAAACAAAAUUAACAGCUCAAAUAGUUGGCUUCAUUCCCUUGUCUUCUGUCUUCUCCAUCGUCUCCAAUUGAAAUCCUAAUCAAAUUUCUACUUGCCUUUGAUGACUUGACUAACUAAUACCGAUUACUUGUCAGACUUUAUUUCUAGACUUGAAUCCCUUGCUUGUAAGAUAGACUAUUUGAGUCAUGAGACAUGAAGAGGAGCAGCCCCGAAACCCAAAGCCUACAGGUCUCUCCCUCGCUCGCUCAUCCAAACGGUGCUUUUGUCCUCACCAACUCCCCUCUCCCAGAUUUUAAGCGCCAUUUCAAGCCCUCAGCAAGAUCGCGUAUCUUUUCUCUGCUUGCUUCCGCUUCGUCUCCGUCUCCCCCCUGAAAUAAAAAUUCCUCUGCAGCAGCAGCAGCAGCCCAUCUUUAAUGCAACACUCGCCAUGGUUACUCCCACGCAUCCACUUCAACCCAACCACUGCUCUGCUUCCUUCCUUCCUCCCCUGUUUCUGUUUGUUUCUUGAACCCAAACCCAGCUUGUGCCCCGUUCAAAAUCGGACUUUGCCGAGCGUCGCCAUGGGCGGGGAUUCGAGGUUCUCCCACUGACGCGGCUGGUCCGGCCGGUCAGCGACAGCGCGCGCCAUGGCCGAGGACCAUGGAUCGUCGCGGCACAUGUCGUCCAUGUCCAUGUCGCACAAGGAGCUGGGCGACGACGACGCGCGGGUGGUGCAUGUGGGCGACCCGGAGCGCACCAACGAGCGCCUCCAGUUCGCCGGGAACGCCGUGCGCACCGCCAAGUACUCGCCGCUCACCUUCCUGCCGCGGAACCUGUUCGAGCAGUUCCACCGCCUCGCCUACGUCUAUUUCCUCGUCAUCGCCGUGCUCAACCAGCUCCCCCAGCUCGCGGUCUUCGGCCGCGGGGCCUCCGUCAUGCCGCUCGCCUUCGUCCUCGCGGUGACCGCCGUCAAGGACGCGUACGAGGACUGGCGACGCCACCGCUCCGACCGCGCCGAGAAUAACCGCCUCGCCGCUGUCCUGUCCCCCGGCGCGGCCGCCCAAUUCGUCCCCACCGAGUGGAAGCACGUCCGCGUCGGCGACGUCGUGCGGGUCGGUGCCAACGAGUCGCCCCCGGCGGACAUGGUCCUCCUGGCCACCAGCGACACCACCGGCGUAGCCUACGUGCAGACGCUCAACCUUGACGGCGAGUCCAACCUAAAGACUCGCUACGCUAAGCAAGAGACGCUGACGACGCCGCUCGAGCAUCUCGCCGGCGCCGUCGUCAGGUGCGAGCGCCCGAACCGUAACAUUUACGGCUUCCAGGCCAACCUGGAGCUCCAGGGGGAGGGCCGCCGGAUACCGCUGGGCCCGUCCAACAUCGUGCUGCGCGGCUGCGACCUCAAGAACACGUCCUGGGCCGUGGGCGUGGUGGUCUACGCGGGGCGCGAGACCAAGGCGAUGCUGAACAACGCGGGCACGCCGACCAAACGCAGCCGCCUGGAGACGCACAUGAACCGCGAGACGCUCUUCCUCUCCGGCAUCCUCAUCGCGCUCUGCUCGGCCGUGGCCACGCUCUCGGGCGUGUGGCUGCGCACCCACCAGACCGACCUGGAGCUCGCGCAGUUCUUCCAUAAGAAGGACUACCUCAAGGUCGGCAAGGAGGACAACGAGAACUACAACUACUACGGCAUCGCGGCGCAGAUCGUGUUCAACUUCCUCAUGGCGGUCAUCGUGUUCCAGAUCAUGAUACCCAUCUCGCUCUACAUCUCCAUGGAGCUGGUGAGGCUCGGUCAGGCCUACUUCAUGAUCCGGGACGCCAAGCUGUACGACGCGUCGUCCGACUCGAGGUUCCAGUGCAGGGCUCUCAACAUCAACGAGGACCUGGGGCAGGUCAAGUGCGUCUUCUCCGAUAAGACCGGCACGCUGACGCAGAACAAGAUGGAGUUCCGGUGCGCGAGCAUCGACGGCGUCGAUUACAGCGACGUCGCACGGCAGCGACCUGUCGAGGGCGAGCCGGCUUGGGCGCCAAAGGUGCCGGUGAAGGUCGACAGAGAGGUGAUGGAGCUGGUGAGGAACGGGGGUGCUACAGAGCAAGGGAUGAACGCCGGCGAGUUCUUUCUUGCCCUGGCAACGUGCAACACCAUUGUUCCUUUGAUCCUUGAUGAUGGCCCUGACCCAAAGAAGAAGGUGAUUGACUACCAAGGCGAGUCGCCGGACGAGCAGGCGUUGGUUUCUGCCGCCGCGGCCUAUGGCUUUGUGCUCGUGGAGCGAAGCUCCGGGCACAUUGUCAUUGACGUCCUUGGUCAGAAGCAGAGGUUUGACGUCCUUGGUCUUCAUGAGUUUGACAGCGACCGCAAGAGGAUGUCAGUUAUAAUUGGCUGCCCGGACAAGACUAUCAAGCUGUUUGUAAAAGGUGCAGAUAGUUCCAUGUUUGGAAUCAUCGACAAAACACUGAAUCCAGAUGUUGUCCAGGCAACUGAGAAACAUCUCCAUUCAUAUUCGUCAGUCGGCCUGCGAACCCUCGUCAUCGGCGUGCGGGAACUUAGCCAGUCAGAGUUUCAGGAGUGGCAAAUGGCUUACGAGAAGGCUAGCACUGCAUUAUUAGGCAGAGGCAAUCUCCUACGCAGUGUGGCCGCCAACAUUGAAAGGAACAUGCGCCUGCUGGGAGCCUCCGGUGUCGAAGACAAGCUGCAAGAUGGAGUUCCUGAAGCAAUUGAAAAACUAAGGGAAGCAGGGAUUAAGGUUUGGGUUCUGACAGGUGACAAACAAGAAACUGCCAUCUCCAUUGGCUAUUCCUGCAAGCUUUUGACAAGGGACAUGACACAGAUUGUGAUCAACAGUAAUUCAAGAGAGUCGUGCAGAAAAAGUUUGGAUGAUGCAAUCUCCAUGGUAAACAAACUCCGGUCACUGUCUACAGACUCCCAAUCUAGAGUUCCCCUCGCUUUGAUCAUUGACGGUAACAGUCUCGUCUACAUUUUUGACACAGAACGGGAGGAGAAGCUUUUUGAAGUCGCGAUAGCAUGCGAUGUUGUUCUAUGUUGUCGAGUGGCUCCUCUACAGAAGGCUGGGAUUGUUGAUUUAAUAAAGAAGCGAACAAGUGACAUGACUCUAGCUAUUGGAGAUGGUGCAAAUGAUGUAUCCAUGAUCCAAAUGGCCGAUGUUGGCAUUGGCAUCAGUGGUCAAGAAGGAAGGCAAGCUGUGAUGGCUUCAGAUUUUGCCAUGGGGCAAUUUAGAUUUUUGGUCCCACUGUUGUUAGUUCAUGGCCACUGGAACUACCAGAGAAUGAGCUACAUGAUCCUAUACAACUUUUACAGAAAUGCUACUUUUGUCUUUGUGCUUUUCUGGUAUGUACUUUACACUGGUUAUACCCUGUCAACAGCAAUAAAUGAGUGGAGCAGUGUGUUAUACUCUGUGGUCUAUACCUCUGCGCCGACUGUCAUUGUCGCCAUUCUCGACAAGGAUCUGAGUCGAAGGACAUUGCUGAAAUAUCCCCAACUCUACGGUGCGGGGCAGCGCGAGGAGAGUUACAACCUAAGACUGUUCAUUUUCAUCAUGGUGGACUCCGUUUGGCAGAGCCUCGCAGUUUUCUUCAUCCCUUACGCCGCAUACAAAAACAGCGCAAUCGACAGCGCUAGCCUGGGAGACCUGUGGACACUGUCUGUUGUCAUUCUUGUCAACAUUCACCUUGCCAUGGAUGUCAUCAGAUGGACUUGGAUCACUCAUGCAGCAAUAUGGGGCAGUAUUGUGGCGACAUGGAUUUGCGUCAUCAUCAUAGACUCCAUACCCACCUUGCCCGGUUUCUGGGCAAUCUACGAGGUGAUGGGAACUGCAUUGUUCUGGGCGUUGCUUCUUGCGGUGAUUGUGGUUGGAAUGAUCCCUCAUUUUGCCGCAAAGGCCAUCAGGGAACAUUUCAUGCCCAAUGACAUCCAGAUUGCCAGAGAGAUGGAGAAGUCACAAGAUUCUCGUGAUGUUAAUCAUCCAGAAGUCCAGAUGAGUACAUCCACUCGAGCUUAGGAGUAGGGGAUCUUUGUUCAUUCGCGUAGGCUAGAGUUACACCUUUCUCUUUCUGAAGAAAUUACACCUUUUCCUUGGUUCUUUUUGUUGUGUGUAUAUAAAGCAAUUCUUUCGGCAGUGAGCAUGCUUCUUGUUGCUUGCUACCCUGUCAACUAUCCAAAGGAUAGAUUUCUUGUAGCCAUGCUGUGCAUCCGCCUGCAUUUUUUGUUGUUAAUUUAUAUGAAAAGAAUCGUACAGGAGUUAACUGUACA